CUGUGGCAAGCGCGGGUGUCCAUCAUGAGUCAGAUCUCAUGGUUGCUUCGCGUUUCGUAAUUAAUUCCCCCCGUCGGAGAAAAUAUGAGGCUCUGAUCGCGAAAACUUGGCUCCCAGCCCCUGGGUGGGUUCGGCGUCCUGCGAGAAUGGCUCUCGCGCUCCGGGCUCGAAUCUUCGGCAACGAAUUCAACCUUCUUUGCGGCCACCGUCUUCGUACUUCGCGUCUUCUACCUCGCGAUCGUGACCUCAGCCCCAUACAACUUAAGCAUCUCUUUCCUCGGGGUUUGUAGGUUUCAUACAGUAUCGGGUGAAUGAGGGAAGAGGCAAUGGAUCAGACAAGGAAUAGACCGAGUAGACCUCGACUGCGAUCACAUGGUAACUCAGCCCGAGUUCUUGUAUUUGACCAAGCGGAAUCAGAAGAAGCACGGAGCAGUAUGGAGCCUGAGUUACCUCGUUGUCCCUUACCUCUAAAAGUGGAAAGCAAGGAAGCACCCGUUCGACCUGUUAGUAGCGAGUCGUCAAACCUGGCUCGCAUGCGAAAUUCUGCUAUUGGUAAAUCGGCACCAUCUCUAUCCGUGCAGCGUGACUUCAACAUUCCUCGGCGUAUGGCGAAAGCUGUUCACCGUAAAUCAUUCAUAGCAACAACUUCUCCCACGUUACCAAGAUGUCAUUCACCCCUCUCUGCGUUCGUCCCGAUUGUAGGAAGCCCCCUAGAGAGUCCUAGGAUGUCAUCCAGCCCACAUUUUGCUUUUGCUCCGAUUAAAAGAAUCGGUGCUGGUGCUACAGCAGCAGGGGACGGUAGAAGGUGGUCAGUGGCUAGUUUGCCGUCUAGUGGAUAUGGAACCACACCUGGCUCCAGCAAUGUUUCGUCGCAGUGUUCGAGCCAAGAGCGAUUGCAUCAAUUGCCAAAUGUCCCGACCAAGGACGAACUUCGCAUGCUGUCGUGCCACUUUUCCAAGCCAGGAACGCCCUGUUCAUCGCACCCGGGGUUCCCUGGAUCCAGCAUAUCCAGUAUAUCCAGUAUACCAGGAUGCGUAUCCUUGGGUCUGGACGAGGAAGGCCGUAGGUCACCCUUACAUCGACCACGAUCCCGCAGCUUGAGUAGUCCCAGUCGUUCGCCAGUUCUGGACAGUGAGAUCGUCAUGAUGAAUACUUUAUACAAGGAACGGUUUCCAAAGGCGACGCAGCAGAUGGAAGAACGCCUUACGAAUUUCAUCAACGAAAACAAAGAAAUCGACGAAUACGAAGUAGUUACGCACAUGGCACAGGAUUCUUUGCCAAUUUUGCGUUUUGUUCAUCAUCAAGUCAUCGAAAUGGCCCGUGACUGUUUGCAAAAAUCUCAAGAGAAAUUAAUCACGUCCAGAUACUUUUAUGAAAUGAGCGAGAAUUUGGAACAUCUGUUGAUGGAGACUAAAGAUAAGUCUUUAGAAGCUGCAACGCGUUUAACGGGACUUAUAAAGAAAUUGCUUCUUGUAAUAUCUCGUCCAGCUCGAUUGUUGGAAUGCCUCGAGUUCGAUCCAGAAGAGUUUUACCAUUUGUUGGAGCAAGCCGAAGGUCAAGCCAAAUACAGCGUCGGAAUUAAAGCCGAUAUUCCCCAGUACAUAAUUAAUAAAUUGUCAUUAAAUAGAGAUCCUAUUUCAGAACUGCAAGAAGAUCUAAACAAGCUGGAAGAUUCUGCAAGUUCCAGUGACAGUAAUUUACAACUCACGUCUACGAGUUCUAACAAGGAUGACGAUAAUAGGUCGCAGCGAGUACCUUGUGAGAAUGAUUACGAAGUAUUGAAACUUAUCAGUAAUGGGGCUUAUGGUGCGGUAUACUUAGUAAAAGAGAAAACUACUAGACAAAGGUUUGCCAUGAAGAAGAUCAACAAGAACAAUUUGAUGCUGCGGAAUCAGGUGGAACAGGUGUUUGCAGAACGAGACAUAAUGAGUUUUACGGACAAUCCUUUUGUGGUUUCGAUGUAUUGUAGUUUCGAGACAAAGAAACAUUUAUGCCUGGUAAUGGAGUACGUUGAAGGAGGCGAUUGCGCAAACCUAUUGAAGAAUAUCGGUCCACUUCCACCAGAUAUGGCUAGGUUUUAUUUCGCAGAGACAGUCUUGGCUGUUGAGUAUUUACAUAGUUAUGGUAUCGUUCAUCGAGACUUGAAGCCAGACAAUUUACUUAUCACAGCCUUGGGUCAUAUCAAACUCACCGAUUUUGGUUUGAGUAAAAUGGGUUUAAUGUCCCUGGCAACAAAUCUUUAUGAGGGAUACAUCGACCGGGAUACACGUCAAUUUUCUGACAAACAAGUUUUUGGAACCCCCGAGUAUAUUGCACCAGAAGUAAUUUUACGUCAAGGUUACGGCAAGCCGGUUGAUUGGUGGUCCAUGGGUAUUAUUCUGUAUGAAUUUUUAAUCGGUUGUGUACCAUUUUUUGGCGACACUCCCGAAGAAUUAUUUUCACACACUGUUAAUGACGACAUCGAAUGGCCUGACGAUGACGAUUGGCCGGUACAGCCAGAGGCAAAAGAUAUCAUAACGGCAUUAUUACAACAGAGUCCGAGGGAUAGAUUGGGCACAGGUGGUUCACACGAAGUUAAAGACCAUCCUUACUUUUUUGGUGUAAAUUGGAACAGUCUUUUGAGGCAGAAAGCUGAGUUUGUACCGCAGCUAACGCACGAAGAUGACACGAGUUAUUUUGACACACGGAUGGACAGAUACAACCACGAUCUGGGCGAUGACACCGACGACACCGAUGACUCUCCAUUAUUUGGGUCCUUCUCGUCGUAUUCACCUCAAUCUCGGAAAAUUUCACAAACGCGACCACCUGCUAUCAAUCCAGAAACGGAUCUGGAAUUCUCAAAGAAGUCGCUAUUUCGCAACGAAUUGGAACGAACCGUUUCACAGCUGUCCCCCAGCUCUUUAGCCUCGAUGUCACCGCCUACAAAAUCCGUGGAAAGAAAUUACAUUAUCGAUAAGAAUCGAUCUCUAUCCACUGCCAAGAGCAAUGCGAAUAGUUUUCACGAUAACUCUGACAAGGGUGAUAAAUCGGACGCGUCUUCUACGAGUGUUACAACCGUCACCAGCAGUGAAUCAACGGUAGUUAAGAACACCCCACCUCUGGAUGGAAUGCCGAUCAAUUUAAGCACUCCGGAUUCCUCGCAAACCGAGUCGGACGAUAUCAGCCCUCAGAUUCAGAGGAAACGCCAUGUACAUUCUCGGGACAAGCUGCCCAGGUUCAGUAUAUCCGUUGAUGGUGAACACACAUUGGACCUAGCGGGGUCUAACAGAGAGAUAGUAGAAGACAAGCACAAUUCCAGUACGGACUCUUUUGAAUCUGUAAGCACCCUUCCACUUGUACCGAGCGUGAAGCAGAGGUCUCGAUCGGUUAUUAAAUCUGCUUCAACCAGUGGCCUGUCAUUGGUCAUACCUACAAGUGAAUUUUCCUACGAUACGGUAAUCAAUAGUCAGGCAAUUGAAUCGCCUGGUGGAUCCUCUACAGCGUCAUCCCGAGAUACGUCCCCUUGUCGAGAAUUGAGUCCGUUGGUAACUAGUCUGAAGCCUCCGAUCAUCAUUCGGAGGGGACCCUGCGGAUUUGGAUUUACUGUCCAUACCAUCAGAGUUUACUACGGAGAUAGUGAUUUCUACACUAUGCAUCAUUUAGUCAUGGCGGUCGAUCAGUCUAGUCCUGCAUUUGAGGCCGGAUUACGUCCUGGUGAUUUAAUCACGCACAUCAACGGAGAACCCGUUCAAGGGUUGUAUCACACCCAAGUCUUACAACUGAUGUUAAGUGGAGGAGAUCACGUUACCUUACGAAGCACUCCAUUGGAGAACACCAGUAUCAAGACCGGCGGUCGAAAACGUGAGCCAGCUCAGAGCAAAAUGGCUCGGAGAACUCUUCACCGACAGCGAAAGCAGAAACGAGACCAUACCGAUAAGAAGAGGAAGACUUCGCUGUUUAGGAGAAUCAGUUCGAAACGCGCCAGCGUAGAGAUGCAACAGCCGUUAAGUAUCAGUUGUCCCUUGUCGGCACCUAUUCUACCCAGUGACAGCAAACCUCCACUUAUGAUGGCAGCCGGAAUCUGUUCUCCGUCAAUGGUGACGCCGAGCAGAUCCUUCCAGUCGUUUACUCGUUCCUUGCCAGCUCAACAAGAGUCUUCUCCUUAUUUCGGAGGAUGCUCCAAGUCCGUAUGCAGUCCGUCCCCACCUAUGAACCGUCCCAGCUCAUCCGAACCAUAUCAUUCCGCCGGGAAUUCGAGUCCGUGUUCGAGCCCGAACUCCUCGUCGCCAGGCUCCAACAAUUCCGCCGGAAAUCUGACGAACAUCUCGACUCAGUCGCAUUACCAGCGUCCCAGUACCCUGCACGGCUUAAAGCACAAAUUGCACACCGCCGCGAAAAAUAUCCAUUCGCCGAAUCGACGGAAAUCCGUCGGUCACAUACCCCUUUCACCUUUGGCGAGAACACCCAGUCCCUCUCCUAUUCCCGCUAGUCCCACUCGGAGUCCGAGUCCUUUGGCUUUCCCCACGGGACACCAACCGGGCAGCUCGAAUACUACCCAGUCUUACAGUCCAGGAGUGUCCCUCGCAACGCCCAGCAGUCAGAAAAAGAGUUACGGACGUCCGAAGUCGGCGGAGCCGGGUUCUCCACUUUUGAGACGAGCUCUCAGUCCGGACCGACUUCAUCCUCGGUCUGCGGAAAACAAGACCUCGAUUUCGCCUUUGGUGAACCCCGUGGUCAAGGUUACGCCCAGGGUGACCAUAGCUCAAACGACGCAUACCAUCGAGUCCGCGGAAGAAGGUAAUGAUUCUUUGAAAGAGAACAUCGAGACCGGUAAUUCCAAGGCCGAGAAGAAGACGGCAACCGAGUUGAAACAGGAGAUCUCGAAAUUGUCUCACGGGAUCUCCAUCAACAUCGCCAAUGUGGGUGGCGGCACGCAGUUGCCGAGGAUAGCCGAGGAGAAGGAUUCACCAACGGGCUCGAAGAGCGAAGACUAUACCGCGAAGGAAAUCGUCGCCUUGGAGAAGAGCAAGGAGGCUGCCAAGAAAGACCUCGGUCCUGAGAAACAUCUUUCCAAGGGCGUAAAUCCUAGCAAGGAUGACCGUUCCGUCGUCAAGGAGCAUCCCGGCGCGAAGAAAUUUCAGGAAGGUAAUUUGGAUCAAGUAAAAAAAUAUACAGAUGUUCCCUCGCGACAGGAGGGCAAAUCCGAGCUGGGAAAAAAAUCUUCGGACGUUGCGACGGUGAAAAAACCCUUCGAUGCGCCCUGUCGACAAAAAAGCUACGCGGAGCAGCUGAAAGAACUCCCGGACGUCUCUUCUCGACAGGAGAAGGGCAGCUCGGAUUUGGCUAAGAAACGGCAAGACGUCUCUUCUUCAUGUCAGGAAGGUAAUAUCGAGCAAGCGCGGACUUCGGGAAUUUCAUUGGCAACGAGCGAGAGAAAUUCCUCGAGUUCUCGCGUUAAGGUCAAUGAUUCCGAAAGUAAGCCUUCGAGUAAGAGUAGCGCCGACGGUAACUCCGAGUGUAGAAAAGUUCUCAAGAGAAAUAAGAUCGAUAGUACGGAAGAUAAUGGAUCGAGGGCGACUACUUCGAGUAGUUCCGACGCGAGCUCAAGUUUUGUCGAGGAUAAAAAGAACAAGUAGAGCGGUCGUGGUUUAGUCCUUGGUCGAAGAUCGAAAUUUAUGGAGCUUGUGUGGCUCUUUCGGAAAUAUUCAUCGCGAGCGAAGUUCGUUCCGCUUAGGGCAGGGUUGUAUAAUUUAAGAGUUGCAUACGUAUUCGGUACAUGUAUUUGGUUCGGAAUACGAAUUCUGUUAUUGGAUGCAUAUAUUCGCACACUUGGCGUUCAGUCAUUCAUGUAUUCGACUCGCGGACGUGAUAGAAUUUGUUGAUGCAUAUAGCAGCAUGUGAUUCACUUUGAGCAUAUAUAGUGCCGUACCGUUUAAGAAAAUGGAAUAUUCACGUUUUUGGGUGUAGCGUACAUUUUAGAAUCUUGAAUAGUACUGCUAUAAUUUCGGCAGUCGAGGUUGAAGAAACCAAAUUUACAGGUGGAUGUUCAAAAGUUUCGACCAUUUUGCGAAAAUGUUCUUACCGUUAUAGCGAUUAAUGAACAGCGAUAUAGGUGUAUAUCAUGAGGCGAAUCAAAAGUUUUUCAACUUUAGGUUCGAAUGUUUUAUUUGGAAUCUCUUAAUGUAAAUUUUGAACUUUCUUCGUGUUUCGUGUCCACUGUUGAGAAUCUUCGGCGGUUCGUUUCGCCGACAAAUUCAACAGGAUCGUUGCGUUUCCUCAAAAAAGAUCGAUAAAGAAAAUAUUAUAUACCCAUAUCAGAUGCGUAAUGAUAAAGGGAGGUAAGAGAUCGCUGGCUUACGUUCUGCCGAUAGUGACGUACGAAGAAUGGCAUUAUUCCGUUACAAAAUAUUUUUCGAACUUGCCACUGAAGUUUUGUAUUUUUUUUUUUUUUCACCUUCCGCUGUGUCAUAAAUAUAAGUCAGGCACGUAUCCAUUGUGUUAAGAUUUCCAAAAAGAAACGCGUGACGAUAAAAGUAUAUGACAUCCGAUAGGUUGUGACACCGUAUUAGAAAUAUUUAAUGGUAAGUAGGAGGGUAAGCAAAAAUCAUGUCUCAAAAACGCGAUUUUUCCAGCCAUGCAAGCAAUGUUCUGGUUACCGUUCUUGUCGAAGAAACGAGCUUGUAAAACAUGUCUUUGGAAUUAACAUGUUUUCUAAGUGAUCCGUUGGGGAUUGUUUAUUAAAAAGGUCGAACUGUAUAUUUAUCUGCGUCACCGCGUUAAGCCUGCAGUAUUUACCCGAUCUCAUUGAUUUUAAAUGUUUCUAAAUAGUUUUCGUAUCGACUCGACGAUAACAGUUCUUUUUUUUGUUCUUCUCGACGAACGAGUCCAAAUCUCGCAGGAGAAUCGCGAACGGUCGAAUAGCUUUGUUGCGCUGCGAUUUAUUAAUGGAAUUGAACGUCUUACCCAAUUUUCUCGGGGAUUCGCAGAUUGUACAAAGUGUGAUAGCAGGGUGAUAAACGAGCCAAGCUAAGAAUUUAGUUACUUGACUACGUAACAAGAGUCUCGGGGAGUUAAGUGGUUUUUUGGUUUGAUGGGGUCAAGGCUUUUCUCUCUUCGAAUUCUCUCGCGUGAAGCUUCUAUCGAUGCUUCGAGAUAAUACUAGGUUUUUAAUUAGAUUUAUAUUUUGUAUAUUUAUUGUCGAGAACCAGUUUCGCGACGUUACUAACAAAAUUCGGUACCGAAUUGUUGGUUUAUUUUCUUUUUUCACUGGGCUCUCGGUUCAUUGCCGAUGCAAGUACAUAUCAGCGAUCUCUUUGAAUAAUUAAUAAAAUAUUGGAUAGGUCACUUCCUGCGUUUCUGUCAUCUUUCAUUCGAAUGGCACGACAUUCUGUAAAGGGACUCGCAGAAUUCUAGUUUCCCGAGGAAAAUUUGUGAUUUUUAGUAAUUGUCUAUUUUUCAAUCUUCAUUAAUAAACCGGCGAUUUAUUUGAUUCACAUUUUGUGGUUAUCGGCCGUAACAUUUUGAACCACGAUACGGUAUUUUCACUUCGGUAUAUAGAUGUUUUUAAAUCUAAAUGUUGUAUCCCGUAAUGUGAUAUAGCAAAAUUGAGCUAUCGUAUCCCGUAUUAUCGAUAACAUAUUUUCAUUUAAUAUUUUGCUUAUUUUCUCCCGUAUGCUUUGCUCGUGUAUUCGAAUUCCCCGUUCUUUUUAGUCUAAUAUUACUUCUACAUUGCAGUAGGAAUAAUUACAUUUUGCAAAGCAUAAAAUCGCGCAUGUAUCAAUGUUUAAUAGAGAAGGUACUUUCCCACAAAAGUAAAGGAGUAAUCGUCGGCGGUAUUCGGCGUCAACAAAUUGUAUAAUGAUAAUUUAAUUAAAUUAAUAUCGUUCCGUUAACUGUAGGCGAGAUUUCUAAUUAAAACUAAAAAGACCGAGUCUUAAGAUUAUGUUAAACUAGCCAAAACCUCGGGUUAUAGGUGCACAGGGAAAAUGUAGAACGUAGUCAGCAUUUUAGUGAGUCGGAAUGACAUUCAAGGCAGCAAACGAUUGUACUUUUUUUUCUUCAUUUUUGGUGGAGGAUGAAAAGUACAGUUUAUAGAGAGCCAUGAAUUUUCAUGAAUUUGAGACCGAAUUGAAGAGGAACCCUGUAACAUGCUCGAUCGGGGAUUUUAUUGUGCUGAGAUGCGUUUAGCACUUAAGCUUCGUUUCUUGUCUUUGCCUUUUGUACAUUUCUCCUCUCUGUAUAUGUCGUAGAACGGUUGCUGUUGACGUUGUAAAAAGCGAAGGCUUUAAUUAAUAGUAAUACCGAUCGGUAAGCGAUUAGAUUUCCUGAGUAGGGUACCCAUUUUCGAAUCGCAUUGGGUUGUCUGAGGUUCCUUUUGAUUUGACGUUGAAUUCAUUAAUUACACUACAGAGUUUCGGUUAAGUAAAUUAGCCGAUCGAGUGAUCAGAAUUAUCUUAGCGAAGCUACAAUGGGGAAGUGUACACUAAAAUGACGCUCUGUCGGAUGUUUCCUAAUUUUACCCGAAUAAUGUAUCCGCUUCGAAGGUGAAUAUUUUGUGGCUAAUAGACAACCCAAUAUAGAGGGAUAAUUUUUGGCUUGAAAACGUGAUCAUUCGUUGGUAGCAUGUUAGAGGUAUAUUCGACUAGUCUAAUUCUCGAAACGGACGAGGCUGUUUCGAAAUUCACGGUAGCUCCAGGAAAUCAAAUCACACGGGAACGCUGGAAGUUUCCUGAUCUAUCUCGCGACCAAGUUCUCAAGAAUAGUGGACGUAGUUGCGUAGCUUAGGGAGCUGUUCGUUAAAAGGACGAGGAAUAAUUAUCUGUUAGAUCGUCCGAGUUGCUUAAGAUCGUUUCCACUGCUAUUACGUUUAGACUUACGAUUUGUACGCGUAGAGAAGGCGGCGAUUUAGUUACUAGAGAUUGACGCGAGUCUAAUCUUUUUACGAUUACGUCGUUCUAUUUUACUAACCGACCAUCGCGCUUUUGGCAACUAUCGAAUCGCUAAUGUGGAUGGCCGAGAUUUCCAGGUUUCUUGCACUUUUAUCUUCCACUGAUUUUGAGUAAAGCGCGAUUAAUCUCUUCGAGGAUAUCGCCGCGUACGUGGACGUUUUUUUUUAAUCGAAGUUAUUUUCAUUAAAUAAAGCGUAAUUAUCUCGGAAAUUCAGUGCACGAUGGAAGUACAGGAAAUCUGCGAGGUGCGAUCGCCUUCAUCCAUGGUUUUUCGUUUCCAUUUGGAAUGAGUUGUGAUAGGAACGCGAGAAUUCCGUCGAGGUGAGACCAACUGCGUCGCGCGUAUCCAAGGUGUAAAAUUAAACGACGCAUUUUGCGAGCUAUCUCCAGUGGAAUUGUGCAUUCGCGGGCAAUGUCGUUCGUUCUCUCCCGGGAUGGUGCUCAUUAGCCGAGAUACUCGAUUAAACAAUUUUAGAAUCCACCAAAGGCGAAGCAUAAACGUCUUCGACAUUUUUCUCAACGAUCGAUUUACCCUUACGAACGAAUCGUCGAUUUUAAAUAGAAGCGGCGCAGUUGGUCGGGAGCGCAAAUUUCGUGAAAAUCAGGAAGAGUUGUACGAUUUGUAGAUAGUAUUAUGUAGUCGCAAUGAUAAUACGAUAUAUCGGAUCGCGUGAAUGGUGCACUUUCUUUUAAGCUCUUCGUGAAUUUAAUCGAUGCUUACUAGGAGUCGUAGUCGUUAUUUCAUGUCUUUUUUGGGAGUCAGUUAAAUUAUACAGGCGAUUGUUGUGAUUUUGUGCGAUUCGGUGAUUUAACGUUAUUCAAUUAGGAGAAAUGCGAUCGGAAGGUGGUACUCGUCAAAUGUCGGAACGAAUAUUAUUAAUGAUUCAGUCGUGACUUUGCCGUAGACUAUGAGGAACGUCGCGAGAACGAUUGGCGAUAUUUAAAAAACGAGAAAAAGCCAAAAAUCAAAGGAUCGCACAGAGUUUGAACUCACUUUUAAUUUUAGGUUGAUCAUUGUUUUCGAUCCCGACAGGGAGGGGAGUUCGUAUGUUUGCUCCUGUGUCGUAUUACCGAAUGAGCUGAUUUCUCCAUUGAGCUCAUCCGAUUUCGCAGUUUCGUUGUCUUUUCGACGAUGUAAUUACAGGGGAGUGAAAUUAUCGUUUCUUACGUUCAUUCCUUGGCCUUUGGAAUAUCGCACGACGACAUCACGAAACGCGUUAACGAGAUCUACGAUUAAACCAUUUUUCGUUUCUUACGAAAGAGACGUCGUUCGAUAUUCUAAGGGCUAUCGGUAACGACACUACGAUUAGUUAUCGUAAUAACGAUCGAACCAUAUUUUUUAUGUAGUCUCGUGUAACGAUCACGAAACGUCGCGUUUAGAGGACAGAUGAGCUGGUUUACUUAAUACCGAGCGAACUGAUACUGAUAUUUAUUGUUAGAUCGGUAACGAAACACACGCAUACUUACUGAUUAAACGUCUUAAUGUUACUGCUAAGAUAAAAUUAAUUCAUAAUGAUUUAACGAGUAACGGAACUGAAAUAAAACAAAAGAGUUGGGCGGUGAAA